AAGGUGAACACCAGCUGACUUUUAAACUUUCCCAGAAAUCUCGCGAGAAGAGACUUCAUAAAAUUGCUGUACGUGGCGUCUCGGCAGGUUUACUGAGUAGACUUCAAUGAAUCUGGAAGAUAGUACAUUUUUUGGUGUUUUAUUUUCGUGAGAUUUCCAUGUUAGAAUUUGGUUGAGAGCAUGGUUAUCCUCCAGCUCCCCGCGGAGGGGCAGCCUUAGCGCCGCUGAGGCCUCCUCCUCUUCCGCUGCUGACCAGCGCCCACAGGCGGACUGUCAUGGCGGUCAGCGGCUCUGAUUUUCCCGGCUCGCUCACCAACGCGGCUCUUCCUCCGCCGAGGACUCGCAUCUUCAAAAUCAUCGUGAUCGGGGACUCCGGGGUGGGGAAGACCUGCCUGACCUACCGCUUCUGCGCCGGAAGGUUCCCCGACAAAACCGAGGCCACGAUCGGGGUGGACUUCAGGGAGAGGCUGGUGGAGAUAGACGGCGAGAAGAUCAAGAUUCAGCUGUGGGACACUGCAGGCCAGGAGCGCUUCAGGAAGUCCAUGGUGCAGCACUAUUACCGCAACGUGCACGCCGUGGUCUUCGUCUACGACUUGACCAACGCCGCCAGCUUCCGCAGCCUCCCCGCCUGGAUCGAGGAGUGCAAGCAGCACUCUUUGGGCACGGAGGUCCCCAGGAUCCUGGUGGGGAACAAGUGCGACCUCCAGGACUCGGUGCAGGUGGGCACGGACGUGGCGCAGCAGUUCGCGGACUCUCACUCCAUGCCGCUGUUUGAGACGUCGGCCAAGGACCCCAACAGUCAGGGAGGCGGGAACCACCGGGACAGCGACCACGUGGAGGCCAUUUUUAUGACCGUGGCCCACAAGCUGAAGUCUCAGAAGCCGCUGGUCCUCAGCCAGCCUCCGGAGAGCUCGGUCAGCCUGAGCAUGGGGAAGGACGUCGGGGGGGACGCGUCCCGGAGCUGGGGCUGCGGCAGCUGCUGAGCUGGAGCUCACCUGCAGAGGAACUUUUCAGUGGUCGCGCUUUAGUUUCUAUGAGUUUUGUAUGAUCUUACAAAGGGAUCAUCAGCCUGAACGGCUGCCCGCUCAGCAGCAGAAAACAUCAAGCUUUGUUCCUGGAGUUCCCUCAAAAGGGAGACGCUGCGAACGGACCGGUUCUGAAAUUAUUCUGUUUGCAUGAUGGGCUGAUCCACAGAAGGUGUCCAGAGGUCCGAACAAACAGAAGCUGCAGAACCAAUGACUUACUCUGCUCCGCGUGGAUCUAUCUGAUGCUGAAUCACACUGUAGAGCUGACAUAAGCUCCUCCCACUCACAGCUGAUUGGUCAGAUUGAACCAAAACAUAAAAAAAUGGCUAUUAUCAGAAUUCCUUCAAUACUUCCAAACCCCUAAAAGACUAUACAGUGCAGGACUAUCCAACACUCAGGAUUAUGACGUAAUUUCCACCACAUGUUCAUUUUUCUUUAACACGGACGUCUCCCAUUUGCCAAAGUCAAAACCUGAUAAACAUUUUGUAAACACUAAUUAUGAAUCCGCUGUGUUCUGAUGAGAAAAACGUAAAAAAAAAACAGUGGCCAAUUGUUCAAAUGCAAUGCAUUGUGUUCUACAUUUGUCAAUCUAGUCAGCAUUGAUGCACAUUUGUUUUUUUUCCAGAGGCUUCUGGGAAAUUUCCACGGUCCUGGAUUUUGGAAUUGUAGAUUUAAACACCCAAAGAAAAAAGAUGAAUGCUCUCUGGGCUAAAGGCCGUGUCCCACAGCCACUGCGUACAUUUCCGCGUAUGGAAUGUCGGUCUUCCGUGAUCCAUACAUGAUCUACGUCACUCAGGCGUGUUUCUUGCGUUGGUCAUUCUUCGAUGUGCGCAGAUGUCCGUCGAGGGUUUUUCGGCCGACGGGUUUUUACGUGAAUUCGGUUCAAAAUUUUUGGUCGGUUGAGAAUCACGCUGUUUAUGCCUACUUUACGUAGUUUGUACACAAUCAUCACAUCCAUCUUACGCAAUUAUGUGUGAUUUUUGCGUGAAUGUGUGGCUGUUCCACGUAUGUCUAACAGACUUAACGCACGGACCACAUGUUCUACGUUAGUUUACGUGUUCUUUGCGUGGUUAUUCGCACUUGUGUGGUUUCAACGCGGUUCAUUCGUGAUCCAUCUGUGAAAAUUUCACCAAAAGACCACAACUUUUCUCACUUUUUCCACAUAUAUUCACCUAUGACCAAUUUUCAUCCGUGCAAAAUGGUCAAAGCGAUUUAGCGGCUCUGUGCCGCGGCCUUGAGAUGUGAGGAAAUUUGGACACAACCCAACAUGAACCGCUGUUAUUCAUUUCUCCUCCAUGAAUCCUUUUCAAACGGUUGGUACUUUCCAUGAAUCAAAAGGGACGCCAUUCAUACGUCAUCACCAAAUGGAGUCCCUGAUAGGUCAAAGUUCAACCGGUUUAACUUUUAACGAACGUUUAGUAAGUAGAGCCCGAAGAUUGACAUAAAAACAUAGCGUUUACUUUACUUUUUGUUUCAUUUUCACAUUUCUAAAGCUCCAUGUGGGUAGAGGGCGCUCCUUUUGGCCCAACGGCGAGGAUUUAGCUGCUAGCUCUGGGCACGCUCAGUUUGCUGCGGGUCCAGAUUCCUCUGGUUCUGGUGCCGGUAAAUUUGCACUGAUCUCAUCUGCUUUUUUUUUUAAAUGUUAAAAUACAUCAUUUAUACAUCAACAAUAACUAUUGACCAAUAAUGUUAACGUUAGCUGCAGAUUCUUAAAGAAAAACCUUAGUUUGAUUCAAAAUGUUACCUUUCAAAAAUUGAAAGUAGUCUAAAUAUGAAUGUUUUUCUAUUUUCAAUGAGUCUUUCAAAGAUAAUUUCAACUAAAAGCUUCAUUUUCUGGGAUUUUAGUCUUUAUUUAGGCCGUUGUGUUUCUCCAGGUCCAGUUUAUUGACUGAAUUACCAAACGAUCAGAAUAAAUCCGUAUAUAUAGGAUCAGAAUAUCGUGACAUCACGGUUGCAUGUUCAUGUAGGUCCCAGACGUCAGUGACCCACUCUGAUCAAAACGGUGUCUUUGUGGCAUUUUUCUGAUGAUGGAGGACAAGUAUCACCAAAGAUCCCCAACCAGCUUUUAUUUUGUAGAUAAUGUGUCUUCAACACCUUGUUCUUUUUAAUGUUGGUGGGAUUUAUAAGUUGGAGUGUAAACAGAGAGGAUACCUACCUUGAGUUUCCAUUUCUAUUAUAAUUUCACGCCUUGUUCAACCUUCCCUGCCUCCAGAAUCUCACCGUGAAGCUCAUUUUGUAUGUUUGUACCUGAACUUGUUCUGUGUGGCGGCUCACGCAGGAGCAGAACGCCACAGCUGGUCCUGUGGUCGUGUUUCUGUUGCCUUUAUUUCUGCUCAAGUGUCCUUUUUUUCUGUUGUCCGAAGGCCUUUUCUUUGCUUAUUCCUGUCAGCGCACAUCAAACGGAGAAAAAAAAAACAAACACAUGAAAGCAACACAAGGAAACAUGGAAUGUUUUACUCUCCUUGCAAUAAAUCGCAUAAAACCA